AUGACGAGCGCCCAAGAUGUCCCACCUGACUUUUCCUGCUACGAAACUCCACCAGAAGAGCCGCCAGCAUACAAAGAAGGCGAUUCCUGGAUUCUGCACAUCAGCGACGUCAAACCAGACUUAGCAUCAUUCAUUGGAUUCCCAUGGCAUGAGUGUUCAACCAUUACCAUUUAUAUCGCUCCGCCUUACGACACUCCAGACCCCGCUAGAGCCCCUUUCAUUGCUCUGAAUCAGGCGGCUGCGUACUUGAAGGCCGUCAGCAAGCGAGCGCUGGCAGCAUGUGUUAUACUGAAAGACAAGCUGGAAAAUGAGAUCAAUGCUGGCACCAUGGCCAUCAAAGUCGUCUUCGCCGAAUGUUAG